GCACGCGACUCGCGCGACCGCCACGGAGAUGGGGGGCUCCGGUCUGCGCCCACUUCCCCUACCCACCAGAUUCCAUCCUCUGACGCACCCCCUUACGCCUCUUUCGGCCUACCUUGCCCGGAUAACCCAGCCAGUGCCGGCAGCGGACUCCCGAGCCUGCCCGCAGGAUGGAGAAGGGGCGGAGCCCUGGAGCGCGCUCCCGAGCAGCCAGGCCAGCCCCGGGGCGCGCUCACUGCCCGGAGGUGCGCGCUCGCGCUGCAGCUCGUUCUGAUCCUGUCUCCCUUUACGGCAACCGCGAAAGUGUCGUGAGCGUGCUGCCGCGGAUCGCAGUCACUCAGUCGGCUGGAGCCGGAGGUUCUUAUUUCUAGGGGUGUGCCUUUCGGGGUCAGGGUAAAGACCAGCUAUAAAAAAAGUUAUAAAACUUAAGACAAAUUAUUGUCUUGAGAUAAAAGAAAACCAAGACCCAUGAGUGGGCAUCGGUCAACAAGGAAACGAUGUGGAGAUUUUCACCCAGAGUCUCCUGUGGGCUUCGGGCAUAUGAGUACUACAGGAUGCGUAUUAAAUAAAUUGUUUCAGUUACCUACACCACCAUUGUCAAGACACCAGCUAAAACGGCUAGAGGAACACAGAUAUCAGAGUGCCGGACGGUCUCUGCUUGAACCCUUAAUGCAAGGAUAUUGGGAAUGGCUAGUUGGUAGAGUUCCUUCCUGGAUUGCCCCAAAUCUCAUCACCAUCAUUGGACUGUCAAUAAACAUCUGUACAACUGUUUUAUUAGUCUACUACUGCCCUACAGCUACAGAACAGGCACCUCUGUGGGCAUAUGUUGCUUGUGCAUGUGGCCUUUUCAUUUACCAGUCUUUGGACGCUAUAGAUGGGAAACAAGCCAGAAGAACCAAUAGUAGCUCUCCUCUGGGAGAACUUUUCGAUCAUGGUUGUGAUUCACUGUCAACAGUUUUUGUGGUUCUUGGAACUUGCAUUGCGGUGCAACUGGGGACAAAUCCUGACUGGAUGUUUUUUUGUUGUUUUGCUGGGACGUUCAUGUUCUAUUGCGCACACUGGCAGACAUAUGUUUCUGGAACAUUGCGGUUUGGAAUAAUUGAUGUGACUGAAGUGCAAAUCUUCAUAAUAAUCAUGCAUUUGCUGGCGGUGAUUGGAGGACCACCUUUUUGGCAAUCUAUGAUUCCAGUGCUGAAUAUUGAAGUGAAAAUUUUUCCUGCGCUUUGUACUGUAGCAGGGACUAUAUUUUCUUGUACAAAUUACUUCCGUGUAAUCUUCACAGGUGGUGUUGGCAAAAAUGGAUCAACGAUAGCAGGAACAAGUGUCCUUUCUCCUUUUCUCCAUAUUGGAUCAGUGAUUACAUUAGCUGCAAUGAUCUACAAGAAAUCAGCAGUUCAGCUUUUUGAAAAGCAUCCCUGUCUUUAUAUACUGACAUUUGGUUUUGUAUCUGCUAAAAUCACCAAUAAGCUUGUGGUUGCACAUAUGACGAAAAGUGAAAUGCAUUUGCAUGACACAGCAUUCAUAGGUCCAGCACUUUUGUUUCUGGACCAAUAUUUUAACAGCUUUAUUGAUGAAUAUAUUGUACUUUGGAUUGCUCUGGUCUUCUCAUUCUUUGAUUUGAUCCGCUAUUGUGUCAGUGUCUGCAAUCAAAUUGCGUCUCACCUUCACAUACAUGUCUUCAGGAUCAAGGUCUCUACAGCUCAUUCUAAUCAUCAUUAAUGACGUAAUUGGUGUUGUAUAGGAAACUUGUGUUUUUUGAAGGAAAGAAUCUGAACAUAUUAAGGAGAAUGGGGUGGAUAAGAACAAAUAUAAUUUAUAAUAAUCAAUGUUGUAUAACUUUUAUUCUUUGUUACUGGUAACACUCCUUAACUAUGCUCUGUGAGAAUGGGAAUUUCAAGUCCCAUCCUGUAAAUUGUACAUGUGGUCUUACAGGGUUUGGCCCAAGAAAGCAUGCAGGAAAAAAAUGCCAUGUGUUUGUAAUUAUCCUGGAUUCAUCAUAAUAUUGUCAUGGGGAACCAGAUCUCCAGAGGUGGAGAUUUCUAAUGUAGAAUAUUUGCAGGUCAAAAGAUGGUUGCUUUACAAUUUUAACAAAUCAUCAUCUCUUAUUGACAUCCUUGUUUAGUGUCUUCUCAAGCUUUCUUUUAUUAAGCAGCUCAGCUUGUGGCACAGAGAUAUUCCACUAGCUUGUGAGAUGGAACUAGUGAUAAAGACUUUGAAUUUGGAUUGAAAGAUUUCCUGUCUUUACCUUGUUGAGGAAGUCAUUUUAAUUGCUCAAGAAGUAAUAUCUUUCAUGGGCUUGGGAAAUCCUGUCAGCAUGCAGAAAAAUGUGGUAACUUUGUCGAUCCAUUUUAUUUUUUUAAAUAAAUACAUAAUCUGAAAGCCAGCUUUCUUCUCAGUGUUAUUCAGUGGAAAGAUAAACUAAGUUUUAAGGUCUUUUUUUUUUUUUAAAGCAAAAUUUAUUUCUAUUUUUUAAUAAAUAAGGAAAUUCAGUCAGCUGCAUUGUCAUGAUGUGUCCUAUGACGUUUCUAUUUUGUGUAAACUGUUUAACGUAAAAAAGAAGAACUAUGUUUAUUUUCCUUCUGAAUAAGUUUUUGUUGUAUUUGUCACCCUUGCAAUUAUCGGUCACAUAGGACUCUCAAACUUUCCUCCCAGACUUUCACUAAUUGCCUGGGCCUCAUGAUGGGUCACUUUGCAUUGUCCUUUUCUGGCUACUCAGUGUCUAUACUACAGUUUGAAAUGGGAAGCAGGUGUCCUCAAUAACUAUGAGCCAGAUCUGUUUUCAGUAUAUAGAUGGUUGAGUUGCUUGAAUGAAGAAGACCAUAGAAAAGGUUUAAACUACUGGCUAAAAUGAAGUAUCUUACUAGUUUUUAUUUAUACCUGUCUCCAUAUAUUGCAUCGUGGAUAAAUGAUAAUUGUACCGCCUUGCCUGGCAGCCAGAACUCCCCUUGCUUGCCCUUUUGAUGGUUCGCAUGAUCCCAUGUGGAUCUGGACUCGCAGUGACAGUUCAGCCCUCAAUUUCUCUGUUAGACUGUACAGGAAAGGGGAAUCUCUUCUCACCUUUGCUCACUAGCAACUUGUCCAGCAUCUAGGGUAGAGAAGCACACAUAGAGAAAUGCUAAAGUAGAUCAAGUUUUAAAAGGUAGGGCAAAGCAGAGAAAAGAAAAAUGGUUCAUUCUACUUUGUUGGUACAUUUGCAUCUACUGUCUUAUUUCAUUAUUAGUUGCUAAUAACCUACAAUGGAAACUGAGGCCUGAAGAGGCUGAAUGGCAUGCCAGUGUCACAUAAUGGCUACUUUUCAGAACAGGUUCUAGAAUCCAGGUCUUCUGAAUCCUGGUACAGUGUUCUCUCCUGCGCCAUACUGGGUCUUGAAAGGCUAAAGCUAAACUGAGAUGUUGAGGGCUAAGUGAAAUAUGUAUAUUCUCCUAGAACCUUUUUCAGCCAUUAGGGAAUCUGAAACGUGCUCACAUACCUGGUGUGUGCUUUCUUCAUCCCAUCAGAUCAAGAGUGCUUUUGUAGUAAACCUCAGCUGGCCCCAGCUCUUCUUGCAUAUUCAGAUACAGUAAAACCUGUGAAAGCCGGAACUUGUGUAAGGUGGAAGCCUGUCAGAGAAGGAAUGUGCAGAUAUUUUCCACUAAUAGAGAGCAAUAGAAAAGUGGUAAGAUUGUACCCUGUCAAAGGCGGGAAAUGUGAGACCUGGAAAAAUAAGGCAGUCCCGUCGAGUUCAGCUUUCACAGGUUUCACUGUACAUUGACUUAGUUUGUUACCUGGUUUUUAGUGCCCUAUACCAAAUGGUUCCCAAACCUGCUUGGACAUCAACAUCACUUGAAGGAACUCCUACAGAUUGCCAGGCCCUAUCCCUGGAGAUGAUCCAAUAGAUUUGGGAUAGGCCCUCAGAAAAUAUUUUCAUAAGCUUGUAAGGAUUUUAGGCCCAGUUCUGAAACCCUUUGAGGUGCAGUUAGGUUUAGGAAACACUGCCUUAAACUACCUUAAAAAAUGCAGGUAUUCUUACAAGCUGUGAAGAGUAGCAGUGUAGUUAGGGUGGUGUUUAUCAGUAGUGGAACAUCUGCUCCCUGCAGGAGGCCCCUGUGCCCCCAAUGAGAUUACACUGGCUUUAACUCCACCUUCCAAAAGCAUUUAUGUUCUUUAUAUAGAAUUCAGGGACCUCUGAGGGCCACAAUCACAUAUGUAAAAAAGGUAGAAUUUUUGAAAGACACUUCUAAAUAAGUUUCCCAUCUCCUGCAGUGUUUAAACAGAAGCUGUCAGUAGAGGUAGAGAAGGAGGAUGGAGCAGGUGACCACUAAACCCCUUGGACCCUUACGAUUGUGAUCUCUUUUCUUAAAGGGAAAAAAAUGUUAAUGCAGAGAUCCUGUCACUUUUAGCUAAAGAGCUAAAGUGGGCUUCUUGGAACCCUAAAUGUGUACAACUGGAGGUAAAAGACAAAUCCAAAUGAAGUGAUAGACAAGUAGGCCUGUUUAUGGAAGGGAUAUAGUGCUCUUUACUUCUCUUGCCUGAAAUUCCUACCCUCAAGUUGCUCCUGGACAGCAGUCACUUCCCUGUCGCUAGCAGCCUCUCCUCCCAGGAUUCUGAAGAACACACCUGAGUUGAACCAAGGUUCAUCUGCCCUGUCCUCCAGUGCUAUUGCUCUCACCCAUACCUUCUGCCCCUCCUAUUAGAAGAGGAAGAACUCCUGAGCCCUGUAAUUCUACCACUGCAAACACAGCCCCAGGGUACAGGACCACCAAAACCAGGUCCUCUGCUUUUAGUCCAGUUUAUCCUCACAUCUAUUGCCUUGUUCUUCUGUUCUCCUCCCAUAGUGGAAGCCAUAGAUGCACACAAAUAGCAAGAAGGUUUUCAUCUUUAUUCUCAUUCUCACAUGUCCACAGACCAUUUUCGUAUUGAAGAGCUGAGCCUUGGGGCCACAACUGCUUUCUCUGCUUGAGGGUUUUGUACUAGUGGUUCCUGGGAGAGGCCAGUUGCAACAACUUCUAACCAAGCCUCUAUAACAUCUGUACUACUGUCUCCUUGCUGUGUCACCUCUGCAAAAAACGCAGCUUUCAGUCCAGCUCUGUAAGCACAGGGGCCAGAGCCCUCCAAAGUCCUGAGAAAGUUAAUUCCAGGGAUCCCAAACUCUGACACCAGCUUGAAGCAAGACCUGGUUACCAGGACUCGGAGGCUGUGGACACUGGGGUGGAGAGCAUCACUGAGCCUGCCAUGCUAGCAGGGGCCCGAGUCCAGAAAUGGCCUGUAGGUCUCUUCACACCUGUUCACCACAGUUCUUAUUUCACAACCUUUUCCCUGGUUUCUUCUGUUUCUUUUGUUCCUCAUAUUCAAGUAUUUUCCGCUGGAAAUAGCCUGUGGGUUCAGAUACAGGUUUUAGAAUCAGCUAAUCUGCCAGACUAUGAUGAGCUCAGGCAUGAGGGUCAGAAAUACUCUCUUUCUAAUUCCACCCCACACAAACACACACACUCCCAUCCCUGCCAGGAUUCCCACACCUACACAGGUGUCUGGAGAGCCAAGGUAUUCAAUUUGGCCCCCAAAAAGGGGCCCUCAAACAAAGGAUAAUUAACAGGAAUUAGCUCCAGAUUAAAACAAAGAGGAAAUAAUACAGUCCAGGUGGCUGCAGAAUAUAGCACCUUCUACAAAAUGUCAGCCCCCUAAGCAUUUUCUUAGGUUUCAUGGUAUUUCCUUCCAAUCCCACUGAUACAAUUACAGCUAUUCUGUGGGCCCCUAGAGGGAAAUACUCCCUCCUCCCCUCCUCUUCAUCCUUCAUACAGUUGCACCUAACCUGAAGGACCCCCCCAUGUGUCUGUCAGUUUGUCAUAGUGUGGGGGCUUGUGAGCUGAGCUUCCAGACUAAGACUAGGAAGAAGGACCCAGCAGUCUACUUCUGAAAAGAUUUAACUAGUGAAAACCUUAUGAAUACCAGCAGAACAUUGAUAGCGUGCCAGAUGAUGAGCCCCUCAGGUUGGAAGGCACUCAAAAGACAACUGGGGAAGAACUGCCUCCUCAAAGUGAGUCAGCCUUAAUGAUGUGGACGGAAUCAAGCUUUUGGGACCUUCAUUUGCUGAAGUGGCAUGACUCAAAAUGAGAACAAACAGCUGCAAACAUCCAUUAAUAAUUGGAACCUGGAAUGUAUGAAGUAUGAAUUUAGGAAAAUUGGAAGCUGUCAAAAAUGGAAUGCAUAAACAUUGAUACCCAAGGCAUUAGUGAGCUGAAAUGGACUGGUAUUGGCCAUUUUGAAUCACACAAUUAUAUGGUCUACUACGCCAGGAAUGAAAAGUUGAAGAGGAAUGGCAUUCCAUUCAUCGUCAAAAAGAACAUUUCAAGAUCUAUCCUGAAGUACAAUGUGGUCAGUGAUAGGAUAAUAUCUAUACGCCUGCAAGGAAGGCUGGUAAUAUGACUACUAUUCAAAUUUACACACGAACCACUAAGGCCAAAGAUGAAGAAAUUGAAGAUUUUUACCAAUUUAUGCAGUCUGAAAUUGAUCAAAUAUGCAAUCAGGACACAUUGAUAGUUACUGGAGAUUGGAAUGCGAAAGUUGGAAACAGAAGGACUGGUAGUUGGAAAAUAUGGCCUUGGUGAUAGAAAUGAUGCCGGAGAUCGCAUAAUAGAAUUUUGCAAGAUCAACGACUUUUUUUUCCACCAGUGUAAACAUCAACUAUACACAUGACCUUGCCAGAUCGAAUACACAGGAAUCAAAUCGACUACAUCUGUGAGAAGAGAAAAUGGAAAAGCUCAAUAUCAGUCAGAACAAGGCCAGGGGCUGACUGUGGAACAGACCAAUUGCUCAUAUGCAAGUUCAAACUGAAACUGAAGAAAAUUAGAACAAGUCCACAAGAGCCAAAGAACAACCUUGAGUAUAUCUCACCUGAAUUUAGAGACCAUCUCAAGAAUAGAUUUGAUGCAUUGAACACUAAUGAUUGAAGACCAGAGGAAUUGUGGAAUGACAUCAAAGACAUCGUAAUGAAGAAGGCAUGAGGUCAUUAAAAAGACAGGAAAGAAAGGCCAAAAUGGAUGUCAGAAGAGACUUUGAAACUUAUUCGUGAACGUCAAAUAGCUAAAGUGAAAGGAAGAAAUGAUGAAGUAAAAGAGUUGAACAGAAGAUUUCAAAGAGCGGCUCAAGAAGACAAAGUAAAGUAUUAUAUAAUGACAUGUGUAAAGACCUAGAGAUGGAAAACCAAAAGGAAAGAACAUGCUCUGCAUUUCUCAAGCUGAAAGAACUGAAGAAAGCCUUGAGUUGCAAUAUUGAAGGAUUCUAUGGGGAAAAUAUUAGAUGACUCAGGAAGCAUGAAAAGAAGAUGGAAAGAAUAUACAGAGUUACUAUACCAACAACAUUAGUCAACAUUCAACCACUUCGGGAGAUACCGUGUGAGCAGGAACCAAUGGUACUGAAGGAAAAGUCCAAGCUGCACUGAAAGUAUUGUGGCGAAAAACAAGUCUCCAGGAAUUGACAGAAUGCCAACUGAGAUGUUUCAAAAAAUGGAUGCAGCGCUGGAAGUACUCAUUUAUGCCGAGAAAUCUGGAAGACUACCUGGCCAACCGACUGGAAGAGAUCUGUAUGUAUGCCUAUUCCCAAGAAAGGUGAUCUCACUGAAUGCAGAAAUUAUCAUACAAUAUCAUCAACACCACACGAAAGUAAAAUUUUGCUGAAGAUCAUUCAAAAGUCGCUGCAGCAAUAUAUUGACAGGGAACUUUCAAAAAUUCAAGCUGGAUUCAGAAAAGGACGUGGAACCAGGAAUAUCAUUGUUGAUGUCAGAUGGAUCCUGGCUGAAAGCAGAGAAUAUCGGAAAAAUGUUUAUCUGUAUUUUACUGACUAUGCAAAGGCAUUUGACUGUGUGGAUCAUAAAUUAUGGAUAACAUUGUGAAGAAUGGGAAUACCAGAACACUUAAUUGUGCUCACAUGGAUCAAGAGGCAGUCAUUCGAACUGAACAAGGGGAUACUGCGUGGUUUAAAGUCAGGAAAGGCAUGAAUCAGGGCUGUAUCCUUUCACCAUACCUGUUCAACCUGUAUGCUGAGCAAAUAAUUGGAGAAGCUGGACUCUAUGAAGAAGAACGGGGCAUCAGGAUUGGAGGAAGACUCGUUAACAAUCUGUAUUAUGCAGAUGACACAGCCUUCCUUGCUGAAAGUGAAGAGGACUUGAAGCACUUACUAAUGAAGAUCAAAGACCACAGCCUUCAGUAUGGAUUACACCUCAACAUAAAGAAAACAAAAAUCCUCACAACUGGACCAAUGAGCGACAUCAUGAUAAACGGAGAAAAGAUUGAAGUUGUCAAGGAUUUCAUUUUACUUGGAUCCACAAUCAACAUCCAUGGAAGCAAUGGUAAAGAAAUCAAAGGACGCACUGCAUUGGGCAAAUCUGCUGCAAAAGACCUCUUUAAAGUGUUGAAAAGCAGAGAUGUCACCUUGAAGACUAAGAUGCGCCUGACCCAAGCCAUGGUGUUUUUUCAGUUGCCUCCUAUGCAUGUGAAAGCUGGACGAUGAAUAAGGAAGACCAAAGAAGAAUUGACGCCUUUGAAUUUUGGUGUUGGAGAAGAAUAUUGAAUAUACCAUGGACUGCCAAAAGAACAAAAAAAUCUGCCUUGGAAGAAGUACAACCAGAAUCCUCCUUAGAAGCAAGGAUGGCAAGACUACAUCUCACAUACUUUGGACAUGUUGCCAGGAGGGAUCAUUCCCUAGAGAAGGAAAUCAUGCUUGGUAAAGUAGACAGCGAAAAAGCGGAAGACCCUCAAUGAGAUCGGUCAACACAGUGGCUGCAACCAUGGGCUCAAGCAUAGCAACCGGGCAGUGUUUCGUUCUGUUGUACAUGGGGUCGCCAUGAGUCGGAACUGACUCAAUGGCACCUAACAACAACAACCUGGAGGUGGUGACCCUCUCUGGGCUUAGACUGUGUACCUGCAGGAGGUUUCUUGCUGUUUUCAGCUUCUUGGAUGAACAGGGAGAAGAGCUGUGUCUUCACAAACUUCUUCACGAAUCGGCGGCUGGCCUUGGAGGUCAGAGCCUUAUAGAAUGACCGUUCUUGGAAGGAGCCAUGCCCAUUUGCCUCCCGCUUGAUAUAGGAAGCAUAGUGGCCCACCGUCUUGACAAAGAACUGCACAAACGGGCCUGAAACAUGUUCAUUGAUUUGUUCUGAAGCUGUAGGGGACAUAUAGAGGCCAUGUCAGAGGGUAGUAGAAGGAGGAAAUUACUCAAACUCUCAGCUCCAAUUAUGGCUUUCAUUGUAAGCUGAAAAUUCCUGGGGAAAUGGGUGGGUGGGUUUAUAAUUCCCACUGACUGAUUGAAGGGAGAGACUACCAUUGCUUAGGAAGAAUAAAAUCUCAUAUUCUGACUUCCCUUCGGAUCUAGGCCUCUGGGGCUGGCCCAAGGCUCUGCUGUAAAAGUUGAUCUUAGUUCUGGAAGGGAAUGGUUGGGAAUCAUGCCCUUGAGCUCCCUGGAGAAAAGCAAAUAAGAGGGGCAUAGGACUUACUCUGUAACUCUUCGGUCUUCUGACCAAGAGAGUCUAAGAUGUCAUCCUGAAGUUUGGGUGGUAAAAUGUCUUUUUCAUCACCAACCUAAGAGAGGACAGGGUUAGCUCAGAGGUUAAGCAAUACAGGAGGAAGUGUGGAGCAAAGGAGGCUGGCCUGAUAAGGGCAUGAAUUCUCUACCUCACCCCACCCCCAAGAAUCUGUCACAUAGGAGAGAAACAACAGAAGCUGUUUCUUGGUCUUCAGCUUGUCUCCAAACAUUAGCAAUAUUCUCUUCUCUUGAUGCCUAAUGGUACUUGGUUUAUAUCCUUCGCUCUGAAGUUACUAACAAUGAUUGCCUUAUAGUGAAAGUGUCUGUGUCCUUGUCUAUCUGUGAGCUCCCUGAGAGAAGGGAAGUCUAAUUAGUGCAGAUUCUAGCUCAAUAAAGCACUUAAUAUCCAUUGAAAUAAAUGGAAUAUGGAUGAAGCUAGAGUGAUCGAGUUGGUGGUGGGCCUGCAUGGGAUGGAACCCAGACACUUACCGACAUUAAAAAGGUUCCUUCACAAAGAUUGACCAGCAGGACCUGAAAUCAACACAGAAUAGCUUUAUCUCUUCCCCUUUUGUCAUAGACCUCAGAAGGACUUACCAUCUGCAUAUCUGUGGCUGUACUUUUCAGCCCAGGUAAUGACAAAAUCAGCAUCUUCAAUUCCCAUUUCCUUUCUGCCACUUUCCCUCACAUUCCCCUCUUUGGAAACCUCAAUUCCCUCCCUAAAACUCAGAAGCUAGGAAAGGAGUGUUAGGAAGAGAGCCAAGGUAGAAGGGGAAUGCAAUAUGGGGAAACCAUAGCCAGUCACUGCCUUAGUAAACAUGGAUCACAGUCAUUAUUUCCAUAUAUGGGGCAUUUAGUACAUGGCACACACGAUAAGUGCUUUACAGAUAUGAUCUCAUUUAACCCUCCAAUAGUCCUGUGAGACAGGUACUACCCCCAGUUUGCAGGUGAGAAAACAGACUCAGAGAAGUUUUGCUAACAAAGAGCAGAACCAGUUUCAAGCCUAGAUUGUGCUGUCCCAGGAACUACAUUCCUCUCCUCACAGCCUUCAACUCCCUGCCCUCUGAUCAACUCAAACAAACGAGAAAAAAAAAAAAAAAAAACAAUGCUGGCGAGUUGAUUCUGACUCAUAUCAUCCCUAUAAGACAGAGUAGAACUGCCCCAUACAGUUUCCAAGGAGCGGCUAGUGACUUCAAAUGCCGGCCUUUUGGUUAGCAGCCAAGCUCUUAACCACUGUGAAGGACCCUUUAAUGCUUGCAACGGCUUUAUGUACAAUUGCCUGGAGCACUAUCUAAAAAAAAAAAAAAACCCUCAGAGCUUUCAGCCUUGUAGCAGGAAACUCAGGAAGAGAGGAAAUGGCCCAGGGUCAACAGGAGGAGGAAAGAAAGGAUGUGAAGAGACCACUUGUCUAUAGGCUGCAGGUGAGCACAGGGCUGGAGUUUGGGGUACCUGAGUACUAAUACUGCUAGCUCCAGCACAGCCUGAAGGGCCUUAACUCCACACCAGUGGUUACAAAUAGGCAGCCUGCUAACUGAUUCCAACUUACAGAUCUCUUUCAUUGAUCCAUACAGUAUUUCUAAAUAAUUGAAGUAAUUUCCAGUAUUAAAAUGGGAUAAUUUAAUGUAACAUUUGGAUUUCUGGCUUCUCCUGAAAAAUCAGGAGCUCUAAUAACAGUGGUCCACCUCUCUUAAGGACGGUAUUCAGAUGGAACUGAGUAGCAGCCUUCAAGCAGGGCACAGGCUCCCCAGUUUACCACAACCCCCAAAGGCUGUGUUGGUCACUUAAAUGCCUGCUAGGCCCCUCUAGGCUUUUUUGGUUUGUGACCCUUGGUCUUGACAAUCAAGUGAAUGAUCCCUCCAUUCUCGCUUCUAAGUGAAAGAGAGUGACUGAAAAUAUGCCAAAAGACAGAGCAGGCACUGUAAUUAUCCGUCAUCAGGGGAGAAACAUUGAACUAGUCCAGGCCUGAAACCACACGUAUACGUAGGCUCAGGCUUCAUGAAGGAAAGACUGUUCAUUUGGGACAUUUGAGGAAAGAGUACAUGUAAAGAAUUUUUUGUGUGAGAUUGUUCCCACAGAGCUUUCCCAUAUUGGAGUACACUACCAUCUGUGGAGAAAUCCCUUCCAGAGAGCUUCUGUGGGGAGUCAGAGAAUCUCCCCAACACCCAUCCUCACCUUAUGUCCCUCCCCCUUUCCUAUCCCUUGCUUAUUCACAAAGCAGUUGCUGAGGAAUAAAAUAGGCCAGAACUCCUGAAGAGCGGGGGUCCCACUGGCCUUCAGGUGUCUCUCCACCUGGCAGUCGGGGGAAUAGCUGCAGCUUCUGAGGAGCUGUAGCUGCAGAGUCAGGAAGUUUCAUAACUUCCUAGUUGGGACAUUUUUAAGUCUUAUUGCUAAACACGGGGCUACUACUGUGUCCCACUUAGUCACAAGACUAAGGCAGGUUCAAAGGGCAUGUGUACUAAGCAGUUCUGAGAAGGGCGGGAGGGCCAGGGGAACAAGGAAGGAAAACAGCCUUCUUCUUUACUUCCCAGCAAUACUCCUGGGAAAUGGAAUUGCUGCUUUAUUAGAGGGGUUUCGGGUUUAUCUGUGCUAGGUUCCAUUACUGAUUGUGUGGCCUCAGAGAAGUCAAGUCAGUUCUCUGGGCCUCAGUUUUCUCUUUAAGUAAAAUGGGGAAGACCAUACCAUUUUAGUAUCUACUUCUAGACCCUCCUUUUCCCUUGGUAGGUGCUCUGUCUGAACAGAGUAAGUCAACCAUUAGCCAGUAUAGACAUACCGAAGUAGCUCCUCUGGCUAAGGAUAUAGUAAUACGCUAUCCUUUGAAGGUCCUACUGACCUCUUCCUACCCGCAACUCAAAGCACAGCACAUGUUUUGAGUUGUUUUUAAACAUUACUAAACCAAACCCGUUGCUGUCGAUUCCAACUCAUAGCAACCCUACAGGACAGAGUAGAACUGCCCUAUAGGUUUCCAAGAAGCACCUGGUGGAUUCGAACUGCCGAACUCUUGGUUAGCUGCCAUAGCUCUUAACCACUAUGCCACUGGGGUUUCCUUUUUAAACACUGGGGAUACAUUUAUGCUAUUAAUGCCCAUUUUUACAACAGAGCCCUCUGCUAUAUCUGGGGCAGAGCCUACAGUCAAUAAACAAGAAGCUAAUGGACUCAAAGGGGAUUUGGACCCAUGUCCUCAUUAGCCAACUGAGCUCUGAGCAGCUGGGCUAAUCAGCAAGAUGGCUUUUGCUAUAAAAAUUUGUAUUUUCAAGAUUAGACAUCAACCAAGACAGUUUGUAGGAAGAAGCCAUCAGCUCUCUUCCAAGACACCUGAAGGAACUCCAGUGAGGUGUGUGUUGUAUAAACCAGCUGUGAUGACCCAUUCAGAUGGGAGAGGGCACACCCCAGGGACUGCUCAUGGAACCUGCUGGGUAUAGGUCAGUCUGAUGACCUCACAAUAAACUGUGUGCUCUUUCUUAAGCCCAAAGGGAAAUCAUUCAAGAGAGAGGAGCAAACACUUAGCACCAACUAUGUGUCAGGCACUGGGCUAGGGGCUUUACAGAGGUUAUUUCCCCCGAAUCCCUAUGAACUGAACAGUUAUCCCUAUUUCACAAACAAGGAGGCUAAGACCUAGAGAGGUUAAGUGACUUGGCCAGAAUCACACAGCUGUUAGUAGCAGAGCUGGGAUUCAAAUCCAGGUCUGCCUGGCUCUGAAUCAUUCACCCUUGCUGCAUACCUCUUCCAUGGGGCUGUCCAUAACCUCCUGCUGAAACCGCAUUUGCACUCCAACCAUGAAUGGGGUGGGGCUGCAGACGGUGGCCAGAAGGCUCUCGGGGACGACAGGGAUGUAGGUGUGCGCCCAGCUGAAGGGGUAGAGCAGCGCAGCAGUGGCGUGGAUGCACUGGGAGAGGGUGCUGGGGACAGAGCACAGGGAACGAGAGUCAGGGGCCCCCAGCACCCAGCAGAGCCACUGCGAGGAGUCUCCCUGUGCCUGCACCCCAUCCCCCUACAGAGCCUGCUGCCCACAGCACAGCAGCUGCUACAUGUCUGCCUGUUUAGAUACACAAAAGCAAAUCCGAGAGCGUGUGAUGACUUGUUGCUGGAGGGGCAGAAACCAGGAGAGGCUGAGGCUCCACUAAUCAAGGAUGGGCCUCUACUUGACCCUUAUCCUCCCGGUUAGUUUUCUCAACUCUCUACUGGGCAAAAACAAAAGCAAACAAAAAAAGAACCUGUUGCUGUCAAGCUGAUUCCGACUCAUAGCAACCUAUAGGAUAGAGUAGAACCACCCCAUAGGGUUUCCAAGGAACAGCUGGUGGAUCGGAACUGCCGACCUUUUGGUUAGCAGCCAAGCUUUUAACCACUUUACCACCAGAGGCUCUAAAGAGGCAAAGGAAGGAGAGAUGUCUUCAUUCCAACAGAUAACUGAUUGAGCCUCUGUGUGCUCAGGACUGUGUUAAGGAUACAGCUGCUAGGAAGAACAAGACACUGUCCCUGCUGUCAAGCAACUCAGAAGGUAAAGAUGGACACAAACAUGGAAACCAACCAUUAUACUACAGUGUGAAGGAAGUGCAUAUGGUGUGCCUUGGGGGCAUAGCAAGACCUUUUUUCCUUAAGUCUAUACAUCCUUUAUGUAUAGAUGGCUCCCUCUGGCUACUCUACCAGUACCAGUUGUCAUGGAGUCGAUUCCAACUCAUAGUGACCUAAAAUGACCAGGUUGGUGCCUGAGUUAGCUUGGGAAAUUCCUAGGUUCCUGGAAGCUCUGCAUAGCAGUUCCUACGUGGAAAGUCCCACAGAGGUGGCUCCAAUGAAGCAUUCCCAUGUUAUUACUGCCAAAGUCACAACCCAGUCCCGGUCCACCCCACACACAACCCCACUCUCUGUCUUAUUUAUUCUCCAUUAGCUUUCAUGGCUCUUCAUUUCUUCAGCCAAAUUGCCCCCAAGCCAAGCCCAAUAAAAACAUAGACGCGGAAACCUUGUUUCAAUUCCUGGUAUCAAGCUAGCACUUCCUGAGUUAGAAACAUUGAGUCUCUGACAGUCUAGCCAAGGCCCAGUCUGACUGGAAGUUCCCUCCCUGCCCAAGCUUCAGAGAUAGCAAAACAGUGUGAGAAGGAACUGGGGAGUGAGGGAUCUCUCCAGGGAAUGUUCGUGCCUGGUAUUUAAGCCCUGCCAGCUUUUGCCCAAGCCCGAAUUACCUAAGAAGUGAAGUCACCUGCACUUCCUGGAAGGCCCAGAAUCCCAGCCCCAGCCACAAGAGAAACUUCUCAUUUCUGUACAGGGCUGGGCGCGGAUGAGGUAUUUCUAAAGCAAAAGAUUAUGCCACUUCCCUCAAGGGUGAGCCUAUGACCAGUUCCUAUUUGGUUAUCACUCUGAUUUUUACACAGUUUUCAAUUCACAAGUCCCAUUCCCUGCCCAAGCUUCCUUUCCUCUGAAACCCAUGACAUUCAGCCAACCCACUGACCUCUGUUGUUUGAGUCUCUAAUAUACGUUUUUUCUUUUCUUCCCUAAAAUGUAGAACGAGAAUUGUGAGCCCAAUAUCCGUAGCUCUCUCCUACAGGUAUCGAUAGAAGGCCUGACCCCUACUGCUUUAUGAUUUUUUUUUUCCUUCUUAAAAAAAAUUUUUUUUAUUCUGUCAUAUGCCUCACUGUGUCUCUUUCACAGUUGAAGCACCUCAGAGAUGGAGACCACGUUCUGACAGUACCCUGCUUUGGCUACACACAGAGAGUCACUGAACUAUGAACAUAUUAUUAACAAUGUAUUACUAAGCUGCUAGCCUCUGUGUGCCCAGCAGUGUGUUAGGACCUGAUGUGCACUAGCUUAUUUAAUCCUCAGAGUCACUGAGUGGUGCGAACGGUUAACCUCUAACGAAAAAGUUGGAGGUUUGAGUUCACCCAGAGGUACCCUGGAAGAAAGGCCUGGUGAUCCAGUUCCCCAAAAAUCAGCCAUUGAAAACCCUAUGGAGCCCAGUUCUGCUCUGACACACCUGCAUUACCAAGAGUGGGAAUCGACUCCACAGCAGCUGGUUUCAUUUAAUCCUCACAACCUUAUGAGAUAGUACAAUCGUUAUUUCCAUUUUAUAGAUGAGGAGGCCACGACUUCCAGAAGUUACGAAAUUAACCUAAGAAGAACCACACAGCUAAAAGUGGAGGAAUAGGAUUUGAAGCUUCUGUUAAUUUUAAACUCUAUGCUUUCAACUAUUACAUUAAUUCUGUAUUUCCUUAAAGUCAAGGGCUAUAUUAUUUGUAUUUAUCUUCCUGAGGCUGGACACCUGGCAAACAGCUGACAUGCCAUAAAUGUUUGCUGAAUGAGUGAAUACAUGGAUAGAUGAAAUAUGUUUGUCAUUAGGAUGAUGGCUUAACCUCCAUACCAUUAUACGCCUUCCUGCUCUGUCCUCCACCCUCCUUGCCUCCCACAGCUUUUCAAAGGCAGAAUCAGAUCUGCAUCCACCCGAAAUGGUCCCCACCUGGGCUGUCCCAGGAAAACUUAAUGCUCCUCUCAGAGCUAAAUCAAGAGCCUUCUUCAGGCCUGGGCAGCAAUCAAGUCUGGAGGCAGGAGCCGGAGAGCUACAGCAGCUGUUUCUCUAGGCUUAAUAUGCAGGUCAAGGAGCUGGAAGGGCAGUGAGCACAAGGGUCCUACAGCCUGAUCUCCUCUGAGAACCGUCUGGUCUGUUCCCUUGAGCCCAGGGCUGCCGGCCAGCUCAGGGGAGCAGUUCAGGGGAGCCAUUCAGUGGCUGGGCCUACCUGAGGCCUUCUGCCAGGAAAAUGAUUCUUCUCUCAAACACCGCAGAGGCAAAGAUCUGCAGAAUCUGCUCAAAACUGAGACACUGUAACAGAGAACUGAAGUCCACGUGCUCUAGGUGGGAAUCCAGGGGCCGUGUCAGGGAGAUGAACUGUGGGGAAACCAGAGAGGAAGGGUCACACUGCACAGUCACACAGACCCCAGAACCUGGGUCUUGCUGGCCUCUACUCCAUUCUCCCUCAUGGGAAUGAACCUGCUACUGUCUCCCUGCAAAAAUCUGUUGAUGGGAUUCCCUCUGUUCUAAGGAUAACAUCGAUUUAAUCCUUAGCAUGGCUACAAGGUCCUGUCUCCCUCUCUGGUCCUACUGAGCACACCCCACCUCCCUCACUAUGCCUCGGCCAUGUUGGCUUCUUUCUGUCCCUGGGAUUUCUCUUCUCCCUUCAGUCUCAUUCUCAUUCAGGUCUCAGAGGACUUUUUGGCCACCUAAAAGCACAUGUGUUUCCCCACUAUUUUCUCAUGUACUACCCUAUUUUCUUUUUUCAUCACAAUUACACAGUUUGUAAUUUAAAUGGACUUUAAAUGAGGUCAAAGGCCAUGUUCAUUUUGUUCACCUCUUUAUACCCAGAAAAUAGUAUAGUGCUUGGCCCUGGAGGCACAUCGGUUAAGAGCUCAGCUACUAACCAAAAGGUCAGCAGUUUGAAUCUACCAGCUACUCCUUGGAAACCCUAUGGGGCAGUUCUACUCUGUCCUAUAGGGUCACUAUGAGUUGGAAUCAACUCAAUGGCAACAGGGUUUUUUUUUUUUUUGGGAGGGGGUGGGAGAGGAUGGCACAUAAUAAGUAUUCAAUACUUAUUUUCUAAGUGAAUGAAAAAAAUCUAGUCCCUCCUCUUAUUUUUAUAUGAGGAAACCAAGACUCAGAAGGGCACACAAACUUAUCUAGAAUACCAGGAGUCUGGGCUAAGUGGCCUUAAAACAAUAGCAUCCCCACAUGGAAUGGGUGGAACUCAGGGCAUGGGGAUGGGUGAUGAGAAAUAGACAUGAACACUAGAAGGUAUAAGACAGAGACAAGAGGAUAAGGUGGGUGGAAGAGUAAGUGGCAGUUUGAAGUCUGGGGACAAAGUAUUUUCUGGCAUCAUAGGUCUCAACUUCCGUGAUAGCUUUAUUAUAAAUAGGAAUCUUGGUGGCUUGAACAGUAACUAGGUCCGUGUGGACACCAAGUUGGGAGGAUCAGAAAAUCUGGGUUUGGUUUUCAGCUCUGCCAGUAAUUCUAAGCAAGUCCAGUCCUGCCUGCCUCAGUUUCUCUGUAUAUUAACCUGGUGAAUGUAAGAACAGUGGGAAGAAGUGCCACAGAGGCCUGCUCUCUCUAGCCAUGGAGGGUCCCCCCUGUCUUGCUAACCCACCUCAGUGCCUGAGUCAGGGAUGAAGCUCUUGAGGGUGACAGUCUUCCCAGGAGCAGGGAAGGCCGCCUCUCGGAGGCCCUGCAUGAACGGGUAGAUGACCGCCGUGGAGAUCUGAUGCCGCUUCUCCACUUCAUCCAGGAUCUGCACAGAAAAGGGCCACAAGAGACAUAGCUCAAAGAGGUGCACCGGGUGGGGGGCAGAGAUCCGACAUGUCCCAUGAUGAGGGAUCUGGCACAGUGAAGCUCCCGUGCUGGUCCAGCUAAUCCUCAUCAAUUCUUGAGGCUUCUCCACCAACUGGUUCUCUCCCUCCCUAGCAGAAACUGGUCUCAAGCCAAAUAAUCUGCUGUUUAUCUCCUACAUAAGACCUGCUUUUGCCUAGCCUUCUUUCCCUCUCUCCACCAAUCCGCGUCCCUCCCUUCUUACCACCCUUGGUGGGACCGUGUUCAUUUGUACUGGUUGAAGUGGGGCCUAGAAGUCUAAGCCUUUUGGGUGUCACUCUGUCCUCCAACUUUCAUUGGAGACUCCCAGGGUCGGUUCAACUUCCAUCCCUCAGAUCACAGCACAGAUGAACACUCCCCCUAAGCAAAGGCUGACAGAGUAUCCAUCCCCCUCCUCCAAGGGUACAGAGUGUACGGAAGCCCUUUUGUGGCCACCAAGACUUGCCCCAUCCUAUUGGAGGAAAUUCUCUUUCAUCCUAACUCAAGUAUACUGACACUCGUAUUAGCUCCAGCAGAAGUCCUGGGAACCUCAACUUCUCUUCUACCCCUCAACUAGUCAGAGGGGAUCUUGGGAGGGCCAGAGUCAUAUCUAAGGCAUGGCACAUGCCCUGGGCACCACUGAAGGGGGGGCGCUACUGAGCAGUUUCUAUUAACCCGGUUCUGCCCAACGUCCUUCCUCAAGUAUGGCAGAAACAGAGGCAUAGGGGGAGAGGGGCAGUUUCCCCCCGGGCACAAAUUCAAGGGGGCACCAGACAAGGCAAGGAAUGAUAUUCCAAGGUGCCACAAACAUGAAAGGCACAUGAGGCAGCCAGACAAGAAGUGGAAGGUGUUCGCUCGCUGACAAGUCUCCACUAUCAAUAUCUAUCUGUUCAUCUUGAAACUGAGGGGAGGGGGAGGCGCAACUUAGAGAUUGCUCCUAAAACCCCGUGUACUCACCUGAAUUGUGGAGGCAUGCAAUUUAAAGAUUUCCCCUACGUGCUGAUUACCCUCCCUACGCCCCAGAAGGGGCGCUUUUUCAGUGCUUGCCAUUGGUGCUAUUGCCUGUAGAUACACCUCUGCUUGGGACCCUUAUUCUAUAAUAAUUCUCUUCAUAUUAAUUUGGUGCUCUGCAUUGUAUAACUUCUCAUAUAUCUCCUUAUUUGAACCUAACACUAGCCUGUGAGGUAUGAGGGUGAGGGGUUAUUAUAUCCAUUUCACAGAGGGAGAAAUUAAACUCCAGACAGAAGAGUCCUGGCCUGGGGCUCCUCCCAUUGUCCUGCUUCAAUUCCCUUCUUACCUCCUACAAUGGGGAAAAUGGCUCUCUCUUCAGGUCAAACGCCCCCCCUCGUUUCAGUUCCCAUUUUUUCCCUAAAAGCAAUCAAGCCCAAGCCCCUCUCUGCCUCAGUUUCCCCAAGUGGGCCUCAAUGCUGAGUCCAGCUGUGGGGGAGAAGCUCCCCUAAGGGCUCAGGGGGCACAGUGAGAGGCGGGGAGCCAGGCUGAGCCUGGAAGGGGAGCAGGACUAACGGGCCCCGAGGAAUCCUGUCCACCCUACCUUGGAGAACAAGCCGAAGCAGCCGAUGCAGCUGAGGAUGCAGUACACUUUGGGAAGGCGAGGGCCGCGGCCAGCAGGCUGGGGAGGGCAGAGAGGUGCCUUCAGUGCUGUGGCUUCCCCAGCUGGGGCUGGAGGGGCUCAAGGACAAUGGAUGGAGUGCAGGGAAUUUAUGGUGAAUGGUGGGCCACGGGGAGAAAGGCCUGGCUGUGCAGAGGUCCUGCUCAUGGACAGGCAGUAGAGAGGCCAGAGUGACCACCAAGGUCAAAGGAAGAUGGCCUUGAUGGGGCUGGGAGCUCACAGGCAAGCAAUGCUGCCUGCAGUGCCAUUACCACCUGGGGUCAGCUCAGAGAGGGGGAAAGUGUGUUUUAGAUGAGGAAAUGGCUAGGAGGAAUGCAUUGUGGAGGUGACUUGGAGAAUCCUCCUGAGACUGAAGAAUUGAACCGAGUUGUCCAAAUCUUAGCCUAUGUUCUGGGAGGCCCAGGAGCCAAGGCCACUCAACCUGGACAGAGAGGGCAGAGAGAGGUACAGGUUGCAGCCCCCCACAAUGAGAGAGGCUGUUGACAGCUGGGGAGAGCAAAGACCAGGCAUGACUAGCAAAGCUCCCUAGAGGGGUGGGAAGGGGCACUAUGCCUCAUUCUUGCAGGGGUACACAAUGGACACCAACAUGGCUGCAGGCGCUGGGCUUUGCUCUCUCUAAACCACCCUUGGUUUUUGCAGCUGAGGCUUGAGCAAGGCCAGCUGUGGAGAUGAGCAGUUUGCAGAGAGGAGGGGGCAGUUCUGAGCUGCACAGACCAAGACGCGCCUGCAGUAUCCAAUCUUCCUGCUCCCGUCCACGUUGGUCAGAACGAAGGAGAAUGUCUCCCUGGGAAAGAGCAAAUAAGGCUUGGUUUGCAUUUGCCCACUGGAUUAUAAAGCAGAAAGGUGGCCAGCAUCAGAGGGGUGGUGAGGGGGUGGGGAGAAGGGCAGAGAGCUGCUACUGAAUCAAGGCAGUAGAAGUCCUUACUGGGGGGCCAAGCUCUAAGCAUAUCAUCUCAUUUAAUUCUCAAUCAAAACCACCCUAUGAGGUAGGUACAAUUAUUGUCCCCAGUUAAAAGAUAAAGGGAUUGAGGCUCUGAGCGGGCAUUUGUUACCCAAGGUCGCUCAACUUGUAAGUGGUUGGGCCAAAAUUCUAACUCAGGGAACCAAAUCCCAGGACUCAUGCUGUAAGAGACAUUGCUAUAUUGCCUCCUUAGAGGUCUUCAGCUGAGUCCAGCUUCUGCCCAUGGCAGAGCAAAACAGUAGAAGGAGAGAGAGCAGUCAGGAUGUCUCCUAGGACAAGUGAAAGGACCUCAUCUUCCUCUGGAAGGAGAUGACUCCUCUGGAAGGAGAUGGCUUAUACCCUUGGCCUUGAGAGACCCCAGGCAAGACGUUUUAUAAAUGAGUCAACCCCAGUCCCCCCCUCCCCCACAGGGGUGACGGGUGCACAGGGGCCACAUGGCUCUAGCAUUACUCACAGUCUCCACAAUCCCAGACUCCCCUGUCCCAAGGCUGACCUGGGAUACUCAGUGAGAGGUGCCCACUCAUUCCCAUCUGGGAAGCAGAACAAGGGGAUGGCACUGAGCAGCCGUUCCUCCUCCUCCUGUUGGCCCCGUAGCAGGUUCUCCCGCUAUAAGGAGAAGAAAAAGAGGUAAGUGGAUUGUGGAGUUGAGGGGAGGAGAGGUUUGAGGGCUGGAAGCUUCUUCUAGGCUCUAAGCUUUCCCUCUGGGAUGGGGCCCAAAGGGUCCCUUCACCUGUCACUCUGCACCAGGACUUCAUUUUGGGUCUGGCCAGAAUGCCCCCAAAAUUGAGACAGCCCCUCCCUGGCCAAGUCCACAGGAAUUUCAGUAUGCCAAAGAUCAACCCAGUCAGGAACGGGGAUGCACUGUCCCCAACCCCUCACCCAGCGCAGAUCAGACAAGCAGGAGCCUGAUGCUUGGGCUGUGACCAGAGUGCUGGGCCUUCCUACCAGCUGUGCCUGCCCCACCCAUCCCAGGGAGGGGAUCCUCAUCAAGGUCUGGCAGGAGGUAAGCUUCUCUCCAGAGAAGGGUGACUGAAGACUGAAUUUGAAAGAACUGGGAGGUCCCAGAAGGGACUAAAGAGCUACCCCAGUUUCCCGGCUAGGGAACAAGCUGAGGCAGUGCUGGGUGCCUCACUCAAUCAGCUCCUCACAAAGCAGUCAGACCUAGAUUCUAUCGGCGAUAACAGAAAACAAGGCCGGGCUAAGAAGGAAAUAGAGGGCAGCAGCUCAGGGCAGCUCCAGGCUCAGCACUGGCAGGGUGGGGAGAGGGAAAUGGUACCCCCACCACCGCCAUUCACAUCACCCAAUCCUCUGUCUCCCCUCUCACACACCUGCCUCUUGCCAUGAGUCCUUACCUUGGGAAACUGGUAGGUGAUUGUAGGCUCAUAAUCAUCCCCGGAACGCUUUUGUUUGAGAGAAACCACAAGAAGGUACUCAAAGAAGUGCUGUCCUCCAAAGGGCUUGGGUGGAGGGAGCUCCUGGGCCCUUUCCAGUUCCUUUACAGCUUCCCCUGUAUUGUCCUGGGAAGAUUCUAAAACCGAGACAAGAUAACAGGGCCCAAUCUGUAUCUCAUCUGUCCACGCCUGAGGUGAAGUCUGUGAGAAGCCAGGCACCUUCUGCUGCCUUGCCAGCCCUGAGGCACCUGGAACCUGGCUGCCCGGCACACAGCAUCUCAGGUCGCAGAACAGGAUCAGACUCAGCUGGGCAGUUUCUAAACCUGCCUUGGAGACUUGAAACCACUGGGCACCCAGAGGUGGAAAGAAACCACUGACUUGGAAACCGAGGACAUGUACUGGGGAGGCCACAUGGGUGGCCCUAUGCUCCAAGGUACUGCAGCAAGUCUGCCUACCUGCGGGUUGCCCAGGUCCUAGCCCAGUGCCUGAAACACAGCAUGUCCUGAGUAGAUAUGUAAUAAAUAAAUCACAACAGGGCCAUGUGACUGUGACCCCACAACCCCUACAGAGGGCAUGGCUGGCUCUAAAACCAACAGAGGAAACCUCCCAGCCCGGUCACAUGGGGGGCCAUGUGGAAGUAGAGAUAUAAAAGCAAGAGGAGAAAGGAGCAUUUCAAGGAAGAAACACAGCCCCUCUAAGAGGGUCACCCUGGAAAAAAGGAAGUGGGCUCUCCAGUCCAGACCUGCUCGGAGCCGGGGCAGCCGGUUGCGGAAGAGCCUGAGAGCCCGGCCUACCACUUGUCCUUCCAUCUUCCAGGGCCUGAGGGGCAUGGAGUGCUUCCCUUUCCUCCAACACAGCCUGGCUACAGAAAGUCUGAGAAAGGGGAUCCCGCUUCCGUCGCCAACCACAAUUCUGCCAUGCUGAGCCACAAACUGCCUUCCAAAUAGAGGAGAGCAGCUUCCAUGCUGUGUACCCAAUGGCUGAGUGAGGAGGAUGUGACAGGACCCAGGAAGGCAGCAGGACGCCCAGCACCAACAGAGGCAGCAUCCUGGCACAGCAGCUCAGACCUCAGCUCCUCCCAAAAGCCUCAGGGUGUGGUGAGAGAAAAGGUCAUGAGCAAACACCUCUAAGGCCCAGCUGCUUCUGGGCUAAAAAAAAAAAAAAAAAAACCGUUGCUGUUAAGUCGAUUCC